AUGGUGGAAAAUUUGUCAAUCAUGACUUUCAGGCUUACUUCCAACAACAUGGAUCGAAUUAUCCGUGAGAUGACUUGUCCUCAGACACCACAACAAAAUGGUGUUGCUCAACGAAAGAAUCGACAUCUUCUUGAAACCACCCGAGCACUUCUGAUUGGCGCUCAUGUUCCUCGCCAUCACUGGGAUGAUGCUAUUGUGGCUGCAGUUCACUUGAUCAACCAUAUGCCUUUUGGUGUAUUGACCUUUGAAACUCCCUUACAAGUGCUUGCGCAACACGGACUUCUGCCCUUUGUUUUGGUACUCAAACCCCAAAUCUUUGAAUGUGUGGCCUUCGUUCAUCUCGACAAAAGCAACGUAGCAAAUUUGAUCCUUGCACGCUUCAUUGUGUUUUUGUGGGUUAUGCCACUCAUCAGAAAGUCUACCGCUGUUAUCACCCUCCUACCCGAUAUAUCUAUGUCACUUUGGAUGUGA